AAUGGACGUGCGAUCGAGCGUUGGAGGGAGAAAGAGAGGAGGGACGAGUAACGCGGCAGGUGCAGCUCCGGUUAGAUGAUCGUACGGGGCCGCACGUUGAUGUCGUUCGCUCCGUCCGGAACGGUUUGAAAAAGCGCUAUAUUUACACGGCGAUUCACGGAGCGGACCAAAAAAAAUUGUAUUCCCACAACAGCGGCCUACACCGAUCCGCUUAUACGGCAAGCAGAACUGUAACGACUAGAAAAAUGGCUGUACCGUCAGAGAACGUCAUGAAUACAAGUCUCGACGAUCCCGUAACAAAGGCAGUGGUCGAUAAUAUAAUGGGCAAUUUGCCGACGAAAAAGCCUCUCGUUCGAUGCGAAGAUUGUGACCUUUCUUUCACGAGCCAGGCGGUAUUAGAUACCCACUUACAAGGUGCACGUCAUGCUAAACAGGUAAGAUCUAAGAAUAUAAUGGCAACUCUUGAGGAAACAAAGAUUUCAUUUACCAAGGAUGAAGAGACAAACGGACUCAAAUGCAAUGUAUGUAACGUGUGCCUCAACUCCAUUCAGCAGUUACAAACGCAUCUCAAUGGAAGCCGUCAUAAAAAGAAAUUAAUGAGAGGUGAAUGGGAUGGCAAAACGACCAUUGUCACCCAAGGUCCUUCAUUGAAAUCGACUGGUAGUGCGCAACAAUCUGUUCCCGUAAAAAGAGGUUUACUUUCCUGCGAUAUAUGUAACAAGUUCUUCAACUCUACGUCUCAAUACAGUGUGCAUAUGAAUUCGGAGAAACAUGCUGACAAAGUGAAGAGAUUUAAGGAUCCAAAUAAAGGAUUUCUCCCGUAUCGGAAAAAAAUAAAACGAAAUAUCACUCCCAAGGAACAAAUACCAUCUUUGUCAAACAGCUUUGUAUCUAGUUUUACAUACCAGCCAUAAGUUACAUAGUUUGCACAUCUUACAUUGAGUUAUAUAUUACGAGAUCGGUUUUAGCAUGCUAUUAAUUAAUAAAUUAUUAUGAUUAUACAAAUAAAUAACGUAAAUAUGUAAAUAUACAUAUUUGUAAUUUGAAUUUUCGUAAAUUAUUGAAACGUUUAAAAGAAAGGAAAAAUAGCAAGAAUCUUUUCAAAUCCUAACCAAUAUAUGAAAACAAUCGAGGUUGAUUAUUCCUUUUUAUUAUUAAUUUUCUUAAUAUUAUGUUGAAUAAUUCAAGAAUUUAUAGAAUCCAUCAUUGUUUAAAUCGUCACAUAAGAAUCACAAAAUUAUACAUAGCGAUAUGAUGUAUAUUUACAUUUUACAUUUUGCUCUGAUUAAAAAUUAUAUAUGAAUUUAAUGAGUUCAAUCAACUACAAAAUUGAAAUUAAAUGUAUUCACAAGUUCUAUUCUAAGUCGCUUCAUGAAUAGAUUGUGCAUCAUUUUUGCGAGAGUCCAUCACAUUCACACUAAAAAAGAAUGCAAGGUGUUAAUAUUUCAAAUAUUUUUUAAUAUACCGUAUAUCUUACAUUAUUUUCUGGCAUUACUUGGAUUAUGUAUGUUUUCAAUAAACGGCGUAAUUCUGCA